AUGGACUCUCCUAAUAUCAAAUCUAAUUACUACACAUCAUCACCUAUAUAGAACUUCAUUACGCAAGCAACUGAACCAGACAGAUUAAUAACCGAAUUCUGUGAUUUUAGUGGCUUAAAGAAUAGUAAUUGUGAAGAGGAAAUAAUUGAUGACGAUGAUGAGUUAGUGCCUUAAGUACCAUAAACAUUAGAAAAGAAGAUACCUUUGAUGAAUAAAUAUUUUAGAGAUCGAACUCGAUCAGAUAAACUAUUUACAUAAACUUCUUUAUAAAGUCUAGCAACCUUAAAAACAGAAAAUGAAAAAGAGAAGAAAUAAAGUAAUUAAAACCAAGAGCAUUUAGAGAGUAUUGAAUAAAAAGAAGAGGAAGAUUAAAUAUUGUCUUAACAGAAAUAAUAAAAAAACGAAGCAGCGGAAGAGAUAGGUAGUAAAAUAGAGAAAAGUUAAUCAAAGUAGAUAAAAAAUUAAGAAGGGCCAAAUACAUUAGAAGAUAAACAAAGCUAGCAAUAAUUAGAAAAGCAAGAGGAAGUAGAAGAAUAAAAGUAGCAGGGUCGUAACUUUUCCUUUUCAAAUCAUCCAUAAACGCCAAAAAGAGAUAGUAAUAGCUCUUCAAUAAACCUUAGCGAACAAAAAAACUCUAUAUUUGAUACUCCUAAGCUUAAUAGCCAAUCUCCAUAAUAAUUAGAAAAUCAAACUCCUAGUAGAAUAAAUCAAGAAAAAAAUUAAAAGGAAUAGCAGUAACCACAAUUAAUUAGUUAGCGCAUCAGCACAGAGAGCACAUCAACUUCUUCUUCAUCUUAGAUAGUAACAGUGUUUUAAAUGCCUAACUUUUCUAAUUCAAAUAACUACAAUUAAUGCACUAGUCUGAGUAAUACAUCAUUUAGUUCUACAUAAAAUGAUAACAACAUUUCUCAAACAUCAACAAAAUAAUCAGAUAUUUCUAUCAAUGAGACUAUAUCUAUGCUUGAAAUCAAUGAGAUUGCCUCCAAACUUAAAAGAUUGCCUGCUAAAGAGAGAAAAAUGAAAGAGCUGGUUUUAAUUAAGGAAUGGAAUUAAGAUAAAUAUUAUUCUCACAUUAUUGACAUUUCUUGGGCAGUUUAAUACACUAAAUGGCUUUCAGACCCUCAUUCCACAGCCUCUUUUUCCUUGCCUAUUUCAAAUAGCAACUUAAUCGAUUAUGAAAAUAAAACUGUAAAAAAGGGAAUCAAAGAAAAAAUUAAUUUUGAUAUAGUCAGCUCUAAAGUUUACUUUCUAAUGAGAUGUCUUUAUGGAGGAGGUCCUGAUAUUCCUUUGUCUAGACAGAGCAGCAGUACAAGUAGUAAAAGUAUUACUGAAGCAAUAAAAAGCGCUCAAAACGUAAAGCAGCCAUCUUCAGGAGGGAUUGGAGAGAAUCUUUUUUCUAAAUAAUCUUCAUCUACUUCAACUGCAGCAACAACUAACCCGAGUAUGUUGGAAUAUCACAAUCGGGCUUAAAAGUAAAUGAUUCCUUCUUAGUUUGAUAAUUAAGUAAUAUAGACUGCAGAUGUAGUUCGUCCAAGCUAAUUAUUUAAAAAGCAAGCCUUAGGAGUUAGGGGAUUGCACAAUUAAUCCAAUUACUGUUACCUAAAUGCUUCCGUAUAAUGUUUGCUCUCCAUUCCAGAACUUAAUAGCUAUUUUCUCAGUGAAGAAUAUAGAAGAGUUGUAAAAAUACAAGGUACAAGAAAAGCCCUAAAAAUUGUUCCUGUAUAUGCAGACAUGAUAAAAUUGUAUGAAAAAACUUCAGAAAAUAAUAUUUUAGAUAUGAAUUUACUGAAAAAAGUAAUAAAAAAACCAUUUAUUCCUCAUGAACAACACGAUGCUUAAGAAUUCAUUAGAUAUAUAUUAAGUGAAAUUUAGGAUGAGCUAAAUCCUAUUCUACCAAGUAAAAAUCCCACCUAAUUUAAAGACUCUGAAGAAGCCUAUCAAUAUUAUUUAAGAUUCCAAAACAGUAUAAUUGAUUACAUCUUUUCUGGAUAGUUAAGCAGCAAUGUGAACUGCAGUAAAUGUGGAUAUAUCUCUAGAACAUAUGAUCCUUUUUUAGAUCUGUCUCUUGGUAUGGAUUCUAAAACUACAUCGGUAUAGGAUUGCUUAAAUAAAUUCUUUUCAGAAGAAAUACUUUCAGAUGACUACAAAUGUGAAAAGUGCAAUUAAAACAAUAAAGCUAAGAAGCAAGUGCUCAUUUCAAAAACUCCUUACAUAUUGACAUUACACCUUAAGCGCUUUAAAAUAUAUCCAAAAAAGAGAAAAAUAACAGAUUUUAUAAAAUACCCUAUUUAAAAUUUAUCCAUUAAACAAUAUGUCAAAAACAGUUCAACUAGUGGAGGUUACUACUAUAAUUUAAUAGGAAUUAUUGUACACUCUGGAAGCUAAGAUUCUGGACAUUAUAUAUCUUACGUCAAAAGAGAAAAUAGAUGGUUUUGUUGUGACGAUGGCAAAUACUAAGAAGUUAGUGAAAAGACUGUAAUAAAAUAGGAAGUUUAUCUACUAUUUUAUCAAAGGAUAGAAGAGAGUCCAGAAGUUAAUUAACAAAAAAAAAUCGCCUAGUGA